UCUGUGCAAAUUGGGAGCCCUAGGCGGUGCGGAUGCCAGUGCACAGAGCCUGGCAGAGGGUUCGACGGCAGUUCUCACCAAAGCCUGCCGACGUCUGCUCUUAAAGAAGCCAACAACUGUGACUGCUGCCACCAAGAACCAGAACGGCGAGGCCGCAAAGGACGGCGGGGCAGUAGACUUUGUCCGACUCGGUCCUCUGGACGAGGCUAACUCCAUUCGGUGGGCUAUAGACGGUUUGGCUUUCCUCAGUCUCAAUGCAGAGGUCAAGGAGGCCAUUGUUCAGGACGAAUUGUUGGUUGCGGCAAUAUUUAAAGUAGCUGAGAUGGGCCUCUUGGAUGCCGCCUUUCCCCUCGCCAGUCUGUUAGCGAAUCUAACAAACAGUUUUGAGGAGAAGGAGAUCAGCCCGGAGAUGUUAGAGUUGGCAAAGUACGCCAAGCAGCACGUGCCACAGAAGCAUGAGCUAGACGCGCCUAACGUGGUCGCCGCGCGUCGUCAGUUGCUCCUCGACUUGGGCCUUCCCUCCUGUCUCUAUAACCUCACCAUGAACUUCUGUCAUCUUUAUCAUGAACUUCAAGAUUCUUUCGAGUUUACCGCUGUUAUUUCCGUAAUUCUAGGUGUCUACCUGGCAGCCGCGGAGUGCGUUGAGAAGCGUGGCUUGCUGGUCUCGGCAGGUGCUGGCAAAGCCCUGCUCAACCUUGCCCUGGAGACCAACACUGAGGACGGUAAACUU